GACAGGACAGUUUUGAUUCAGAGAGGAGACUCAAACUUCUCUAGCAGCAAGCGAGAUCAUUUCUCUGACUUUUAGUAAGACAAGCGCAAGGUUUAAGCAGAACAGAAAACCUGCAGCCAGGAACCUAUUUUACAGAUCAGAUCAACAGACUCUGUAAGUGCAGCAGAUCAAAUUAAUCUCCAAAAUGCAAGCUGUUCGUCAGUGUACAGUGUGUGCGAGCCGUGCCACCGGGGCACUGGUGUGGAAUCAGACAGACAUGUCAGUACUGCGACUCAACAAGAGCUCACUCAGGAGAGGAGCAGCCUGCAUCCGCUUCCUCAGCAGCUCUGAGAGCAGGAAGCCUGGAAACCAGAAGUUGGGGGAACCGACAAAGCCUUCACACAUGAGCAUAGCAUCUUUAAGUGUUGCACAUGGGCUUUGUGCUGCCCCUUUUACACAGCAAGUGGAAAACCUCUCGCAUGACUCGCUGAUCAGAAGAGCAGCCACAGUGGUUACAGACAGCUCGUGCACUUUCCUCUCUCAGACCACUUUGGCUUACGUUGAUGCACUUACAGAGUAUUCAAAGGCUGUACACUCACGGAUUGCUUUCCAAAGACGAUACUUGGCCUCAUUGGGAAAACUGACCCAAGCAGAGGAGGAUUCAUUCCAGCAAGCAAUCAACAGCUGGCGUGCAGAGGCUAGCGAGAGACUAGUUGAAUGCAAGCGCUAUGAAUCAGCUUGGAUCAAUGCUGUCAGCCUGUGUAAAAUGGCAGCUGAGGCAGCGUGCGCUUCAGGAGCACAGCAGGCGUCCAACUCACUGAGGACAAACAUUCAGGUGGCCCAGUCGCAGGUGGAAGACGCACUGAAACUUUCUGCCGAAGCAGAUAAGAAGUUGGCUGAGACUAAAGUAGAAGAGAUCCAGAGGAUGGCAGAAUACACUUCCUUCCUAGAGGACAGCGAAGAGCGUGAGGUGCACGAGGCUUAUCUACGAGAGGACUAAGUCAGAUAUGAGAAAACAGGAAAACAGCUGCAGGUGCUACUGACUUCAAAGUGAUACGAGCUCACCUUUGAAAACUUCUUUUCUGUUGUACUGUUCACUACAAUAGUUUUCUUACUGAGCCUGUAAAAUAUUUACCUGUUUGCAUUUACAGAAGCAAGAAACAACAAAACAAAACAAAAACAGAAGUUUAAUUUUGAAAUGAAAUUAAGAAACCACUUUGGGAAUUAUUUACUGUUGCAUAUAUCAUUAUUUAAAACUAUUUAUUUGAUUAUUAAAUGUCAAUACAAUUGUUACUAUUUCAUUGCAGUGAUUCUUAUCCAUCAGUGAAUUGCAAUGUAUGUUUACUUUAAUAUUUUUUUCAAAUAAAAUCAUUCUGUCCAUUGUUUUUAACCAUUCACAUAACAGCAA